AGGAACAAAAUGUAUAACAGAAUGUUAAUAACUGACACAUUAUGCAAUGCAAAGUGAUACAAUGUGAGAACAUGUUGUGGUAGCUCAGAUAAUUCUAGAACUAAGCUAGAAAAUAUCUUUUUCUAAGAGCAAACAGUAUUGUUACAGACAGUACCUGCUUUGAUAACCAGGUAGCAUUGCUGUUCUGUCACUAUCUCCUUAGCACUUUUCACUCAAAGGUACAUUUUGCACCUUGAUACCUUCAAAACUUCCAAAGACUGACCACACAGAUUUAUAUUUACAAUUUAUAUAUUCGCCAAUAUUCUUUCUGCAUGUGUGUACACAUACAAACAGAACCAUUACUACCUUUUUUUCCCAAACGUUAAAAAAAAGUCAAAUGUAAACAGCAGCAACUGCACACAAGUGUAUAAGGGAUAAGCAAAGAUGUCCAUCUUUUCCAGUUUGAUUGUUUAAACAUUGGCUUCUUGGGAUCUAUUAUUAUAAAUACAAUAGAUCCCAAGAAGCCAGUAUUUAAACCCACAAACUGGAAAAGAUGGACAUUUAUUCUUAACUCUACACAUCUUAGAUUUCUUAACAUCCUCCCCAGCAAAACAGUCUCAACAAUUGCCUCUUACACAUGACUUUUAAAAAUAAAAUUCUAUUAAUAAUCAAAUAAUCCAACGUUUUCUAAAUUAGAGUAAGGUGCCUGUGGCAUGUGCCUUCCAGAAAAGGGCUAGGCCAUCCCAGGGGAAUAUGAAUAUAUAUUUAUAUAUUCAUAUUUUCCUGGGGUGGCCUAGCCUUUUCUGGAAUAUAUAUAUAUAUUCUGGAAUAUAUAUAUAUAUAUUUACUGUUCAGUUUGUGUGUGUGUGUGUGUAUAUACACACACACACAUAUACAUACAUACAUACACACUUCACAGUAAAUCCUGUUUGUAUAAAGUACUUUCACUAAAUAUUUCUUCACUGGGAUUCCCCCCCCCCCAGAGAAGCCAGAAUUUGGGGGUGGGGAGGGAGAGAACGUGUGCUAUCCAAGUCCUAACCCAGCUUAGGCGCCCUUUAAGUCCGGCCCGCCCUACUGGAAUGGUCUCCCUUAACCGGGGGUCCCUCCAGAAGUUUCCGAGUGCGAACCCAUUAUCAUUCCCAACUAGCAACAUCGCAGCCCAGCACACGAGGGGGCCACCGGAUCGGGAGAGGCCGAGCUCUUCCGUCCCCCCUCGGUGUAAGAACGCGAGCUAAGAACGUUAGCGACGUCCCGCGAAUUCCUCGAGACUAGGGGGACUUUACCACCGAGAUGGCGGGCGGGGGUGGGUGGGUGAUUCUGCCAUGAGUCCCAAAGAAGGGCGAUUCUGGCCACAGGUCUAGCUUUCCACCAUGCUUGCUCGAAUGGGACGCGUAUAUUGUGGGCCGAGAUUCAACAGAACAACCACCUCCCUCCCCUCUCCCAGGAAGAAGAUAAUUGAACAGGAACACUGAGCCAGUCACCAAUAGGCCUUGGCUCCUAGCAUCAAGCCCACAGUUGUAUGAAGUUAUUUUUUUAUAGUGGCUGUUGGUGGAUUCAAGGGCACAGGAGGGCAAGGACGUGAAAGUAGGGGAGGCUCCCAAAAUAGCAAGACAAUGAUGGGGGGUGGGGGAAUAAGCCUGGAUUUGGAAAUAUCUCCAGCAAGAUAAAAUACCCGAUUUGAGUACUUAGGUGCGACUGAUUAAGUGUGCGAGGUAGUAGUUCAGGCAACAUUUGACGAGGAAGUGUGCCUGAUACAGUAUGGAGAAGGUGCCAGGAAGGCUAGGACCAACAGAGGCAUCAGAACGAACUGGAAGGAACCAUUUUGCCAUUCAGCCUAGGAUCAGAUGGGAACUGCCCCCUGGGGCAAUGUUACAGCCAGGGGGCAUGCCUACCCAGUGGUGGGAAUACCUGAAGACCAAGCCCUCUCCAGCCACAGUAUGGGACAGCCCAGUCCUCCCAGAUCUGACCUCUUGGGAUGACUUGAUCACUUUUGAGAGAGUAUUUGGAGUCUGUCAGUGGCCUGGUAGUGAUAGGGUGUCCCGACUGAAGCCGGCUUUCAGCGCAGAAGGCCAGCAAGUGUUGAGUGGCAAGAACGCUAGAGGCAAAAAAACCUGUGGCAAAGUCAAGACCAUCUUCCUGCAAAAAAACUCCCCCAGCAUGGAGCUACACCGCCAGCGCUUCAGGCAGUUCUGCUACCAGGAAGCUGAAGGGCCUCGGGAGGUCUGUGGCCGCCUGCGGGAGCUCUGCCUUUGCUGGCUGGAGCCAGAGUGCCGCACCAAAGAGCAGAUUGUCGAGCUGCUGAUUUUAGAGCAGUUCUUGAUCAUCUUGCCUCAGGACAUCCAAAAUCAGGUCAGGGAACGUAGCCCGGAGACCUGUGCCCAAGCAGUGGCCCUGGCUGAAGGCUUCAUUCUGCGGCAGCAAGAAGACAAGCGGCAGGAGGAGCAGGGGACUCGAUCACCUCAAGAUGUGGCUGUGGAUUUUUCAGAAGCACAGAGGGUGUCAUUGGAGGUCAGGCAGCAGCAAUCCAGCAGCAAGAUACGGAGGGUGGAUAUUGUUAACCUUUCAAUGGGUGCCAGUCUAGUUAGCAGAAAGGAGGAGCUGGAACAGCCUCAUCUGAAGUCCAAGGAAGAGGGGAGUGUGGCAGUCCAUCCAGUCUCAAGGGGAACCCAAAGGAAAGAGAAAAGCCACAUCUGUAUCGAAUGUGGCAAAAGCUUCACUCGCCCCUCAGAUCUGGCAAAACAUCUUAACGUUCACACAGGCGAAAGACCCUACCUUUGUGUCGAGUGUGGGAAAAGCUUUAGCCAGCUUUCCCAUCUCACAAGACAUCAGAAAAUCCACACAGGAGAGAAGCCUCACAUCUGUUCCGAGUGUGGAGAUACCUUCAGCCAACGGGCAUAUCUUGUCAGCCAUCAAAGGAGUCACUCGGGAGAGCAGCCAUACCACUGUUCCUAUUGCCAGAAAUGCUUCAGCCACCAGUCUGCUCUGAAGAUCCACGAGAGGAACCACAUGGGCCAGAAGCCCUAUGCCUGCACUGACUGUGGGAAACGCUUUGUGUCCUCCUCUUCUCUCACUACACACAGAAGGAUCCACACAGGAGAAAAACCUCAUGCCUGUGGGGUGUGUGGGAAAAGGUUCAUCCAACACUCCAACCUGGUCUCGCAUCAGCGAACACACUCGGGGGAGAAGCCAUUUUCCUGUAAGGUGUGCAGCAGGAAGUUUGCCUACCCUUCAGAUCUUACGCGGCACCAAAAAAUCCACACAGGAGAGAAACCCUACGCCUGUGAUGAGUGUGACAGAAGAUUCACCAGGCUGUCUGAUCUCAUUACACACCAACGUAUCCAUACAGGAGAAAAACCGUACUGCUGCCUUGAGUGUGGGAGAAGAUUCAGACAGAGGGGUGUGCUGGUGAAACAUCAGAGGUGCCAUUCAAAAGAAUAUCCAAAAGGAAGUGAGGCCCUCCAGCCCACUGAGUCUCAAGCUAAAAGUCCAUUCAAAACUCAUGAGAUCAAACUGGAGAAAGAACUGGAAGACUAGGAGCUAGGUUCUAGCUUGAUUCUCUCUCCCAGUCCCUAAUGUUUAUCACUCUUACACUGCUGCUUACAGAGGGAUGAAUCAUUCUGUCAACUCCUUUUUCUAUUCCUCUACUACUGACUAAAAAGUGGACAUGAAGAUCGAUGAUGACAUAAUGAAAGCUCAUCAUACUCUGUUUGUGUUUUUAUAAAUAACACUGCAAAAAGAGAAAGAGGCAUUUAUAGAUGGAACUGUAAUUUUAGGAAAGAAAAGGCAGGAAGAGUAAUCUUGCCUUUUCCUCUAUUAUACGGCUGGUUUUCCUUUAUCUGCAAACAGCAAUCUUUUGAAGCAGCUGAAAUAAUGCAGAUGACUCUGCGUGCAGCAGUUGGAGUAAAUCUUUUCCAAGUAAUGAUGAACUGUCCUUUGCUAACCAUGUAAAAGAGGAAUAGCUCUCUUUUCAGAAAGAAUAGCUUCCAAACAAUUCAAAUGAGACAGAAACUGAACACACAUGGUAUGUUCAAGGCCUGGUUAGGAUAAUGGUUGACUUUACUCUUUAUGAUGAUUUAAAUGCAGUUUUUCUCUUCCUAGGAAAUAUCAGGCAGAGACUGGAAAAGCAGACAGAUCAUCAUAAGAUUAGCAGGCAUCAGACAAUAUACAGGAGCACUGUUAGAAUAAUGGUAUGAGCUGGUAAUCUUCCUAGAUUGGCAAUGAUGAUAGCUCUGUCAGCUUCUACUUCUUUAUAUUAAAACCCAACCAGCUGCCAAUCCAUCUGCGAUACUAGAUGUCAUCCUCUCAUUUCUGUCCUAGCUCACCUCCAGUAGAAUUUGAAGGAUAAGGAUGUGAUAAGGAUAAACUUUUUUCAGGUUGGGCCUUUGGCACCAUCUAGUUUAAAUGGCCACAUAUCUCCUAAGAGAUCAGAAAGGGCAACUUUCCCAGCUUGUGACUAGGAAUUCUUGAAAGGAGUUAGCAGAAUUUAUGGUUGGGGCUUUUGUAAUCAUGUCACUAAUUCUAGUAUGACUUCUGAGUUAUACUACCUAAAGUUUUAUUCUGAGAUUAGUUUUUAUAAAUUAUGGCAAGCAGAUAACUCCCAAAAGUAUGGAACGUCAUUGUUCCACGCUUACAUGUAGACUGACUGAUGUGAUCUAGGUAACAAACAUACCUUCCAAUUAUAAUAUUAAAGAAGGAAAAGUCAUGGAUGAAGCUCUGGAUUGCAGAUGGAGAUGUGAGCAAAAGGAGGAAAAUGUAAAUGUGGUUUGUGCAUUGUGGGGACUUGUAGCAAAUGAGCUCAUUUUUUAUUGGCUGCUGCUACUUUUAUUUUAUUAAGACCUGGCCUCAGAUAUAGACAGACAAACUUACUGUAACUUACUCAGUUGUAUAUAUUAAAGGUUCUGGAACUGUAGGAGGCAAAAUAGAUAGCAAUUCCUUAUCUCAGUGGCUGAUGUCCCAACUGCUGUUUUCUGGCCAGCAUCGCCAUUUAAAUAGAAAUAAAUUGAAUACAAAAUUGGUAAACUUAGGGUUAGUACCAUCCUAAGGGAAGAAAUAAUAGUUCCUAAGAAUGCUCUAUUGGUGAUGAUAAAGUGAUACCUGUUCCAAAAGUGUAGGACAUAUUUUAGAACAAAUUAAAAUUUUUGAUACGAAUUCAGAAAAGCCCUACUUACAACUUUAGGUAGGACUGUGCGUAAGAUUCUGAAGUGAGGUCAAGAAUUUAGCCUGUUGAAGAGGUUAUAUUUAAUAUUAACAUUGUGUUAAAGAGGUUAUUAAUGUUCAUAAUUGUGAAGAUAGAAUUUACAUAUAUGCUGGCAGAAUUCCAGAAGCAAGACAUGCUUAUCCCAAGCCAGAUGUUCAGUCAUUAAGCAUUUGGACACUUUAAUAACUUUUUCUCUCCUCCAAAAAUGCACUAACAUGAUGGCAAGGUAUCACAUUCAGCAGACUUCCAAUGCACAAGUCACAUACUUUUAGAAGAUGCCUAACAUAGAGGCCAAAAAUACUAGCAGUCUGACAUUAUUUUAAUAAACAGAACUAUGAUCCUAUAUAUUAUUAGUCCUCUUUUUCCUAAAUGUUGAGUUUGGAAAGGUAAACAACAAGGCAGUUGUAAACAUUUCUUCCUUAUUUUGCUUCUGCCACUUCAACCUAGCAAUUAAUUUUAGAUUCAUAAGAUAAAUACACAGUUUAAAAAUAAACAGCAAAAAAUGAUAGUUGCCCAGGCAACUUUAUAACAACAGGAAAGUCAUCAGACAUGGCUGUUCUUUGCCUCCACCAUCUAUGCUCAUGUGCUCUAAUAUAUCAACUAGUUUCUCCUAUACCAGACAUGUCAAACACAAGGCCCGGAUGCGGCCCGCAAAGUGGUUUCAUGUGGCCCAUGAAGCCAUCCUGGAAACAGUGAGGGAACGGCCCCCGCUGCCUUGGCCCUGACCCAGGCAGGCCGGGAGCCAAUGUACAAUUUUGUGGUGGCCAUCUAUGUUGAAAUGCAUUCAGUCUUAGCUCCACAAGACCACCCAGAAACAGCGAGGGACCAGCCCCUGCGCGUUAGCUCCACCCCCUGGGUGCAUGCUGGGGAGGUGUCACCCUUUGUGAGUAAUGAAGAAAUGGACUAUGCCUUGGUGCUUGCCCUGGUCCCACCCCCUUCUGCCAGAGACCCUCAGAUCUGUC